CGAGGUGAGCUGACGAAACUCGCUUCUUGGUGACUGUGUUGGGAAUAGAGUGCCAAGAACGUCUUUCGUGUAGAUAAAGUAUAAGGAUGCUCUGACGCCAUGUACAAUGAUCUGAUUGCCAACCUCAAUUACACAACAUCAAGAUGAGAUUCACUGGUAUUUUCUGCACGGCUUUCGUGGCUGGUACUGCAAUUGCGUUUUCGCAUGAUGCGCAGCAUCGUCUUGGUAAGCAGAUCAAUAUCGCUGGCACAACAGACGCGAAUCCGAAAUGCAAUCUUCCGGCUCCGCUGAACCCCUCCAACGAUGGGCUUGAAAGUUCUCAUGAUUUAUUCUCAAGCAAGAAAGCGCUUCAAUUGAUGGUCAAGAAACAUCAAUCCCUCGUCCGCAUCCCUUCAAUCUGCUAUGACGACAUGGGAGACUUGGAUACAGAUGAUAGAUGGAAGCCCUUCAACGACAUUCCAAAGAUGCUCAAGAAGGCAUACCCUACCGUACAUAAACACAUCACCCCAGAAAAAGUCAACAAAUUCGGCCUCGUCUACACCCUCAAAGGCUCCGACCCAUCCCUCCAGCCAAUCCUCCUAGCAGGCCAUCAAGACGUCGUUCCCGUAGCCGACGGAACACUGCACGAAUGGGUCCACCCGCCCUUUGACGCGUUUUACAACGAAACAGACGGCUAUCUCUGGGGCCGCGGCGCCUCAGACGACAAAUCAGCCAUCACAGCACAGAUGUCUGCUCUAGAAGCACUCUUAUCCCAAAAGACGUAUAAGCCGCGCCGUACAGUCAUUCUAGCUUUUGGUUUCGAUGAAGAAUGCUCUGGUCAUCGUGGAGCCGGUCAUAUCUCGAAACAUCUGGAGGCGAGAUAUGGAGAGCAUGGCAUUGCUGCUAUUCUUGACGAAGGCGGUGCUGGGCUGCAAAAAAUGGGCGAUGUUUUGUACGCGCUGCCUGCUGUUUAUGAAAAAGGGUAUCUGGAUGUUUGGUUCAACGUUAGUGUCGUUGGCGGCCAUAGUUCAGUGCCAACACCGCAUACAGCGAUUGGCAUAAUGGCUGAGAUUGUUACUACCCUGGAACACAAUCCCUUCAAGCCCGAGAUCGCCAAGAACGGAGCUAUUCAUCAAUGCCUCGCUUGCUUUGCCGAGCAUUCGCCCCAUGUCUUUCCCGAUCUCACUAAGCUCGUCAACGGCGGUGAUUUACAGGGUGUUGCCAAGUUCUUGACUAAGUUGUCGCGCGACAUGCAGUACAUGGUUCAGACAUCACAGGCAAUUGAUGUUAUUUCCGGUGGUCAAAAGAUCAAUGCGCUGCCGGAGUUUGUGACGCUUGGUGUUAACCAUCGGUAUGCGCCGCAGGAUAGUAUUGGGAGCAUUCAGCAUCGGAUUGUGGGGUUGAUCAAGGAUAUUGCUGAGAGUCACAAACUUCGAGUUGAAGCUUUUGAGGAUGAUGCAGACUAUGAUGAGUAUCUUGCUGCUAACGAUCUCUCUCGCCAAUGCAACAAGGACGAAGAUCUCUGGCAACAAAAACACAAGGGUGUUCUGACAGUCGCAGCCAAGAAAAAGUCCUACAUAACACCUCAAUCACCAACAACUGGUCCAGUCUGGGAUAUCUUUGCAGGAACAGUACGACAUUCAUUCGCGCAAGAGGCAAAGACAGUAGUCGCAGCACCAGGAGCCAUGACAGGCAACACCGACACUCGCCAUUAUCUCAAUCUCUCCAAAAACAUCUACAGGUGGAGCCCUGGCAGCCUCAAGUCCUUCUCCAAUAUCCACGGCGUUAAUGAACGGCUAUUGAUGAGCGAGCAGAUGAACAUGGCCAAGUUUUACUAUGACUUCAUCCGUAAUUUCGAUAAGGCCAAUGUCUAGGGGGAAAGCCAUGUAAAUACGGAGUAGGAGACCAUAUUCAUUCACUGAUUAUUCUGUCGUAAUUCUUCCGUUCAUCUGAACUUGUUCCGUUCCGUUUCUUUCGCGCUGGGUUGGUGUCCACUCACCUGUUACAUCCGGCACUGAACCCCUGUGCGCAUCAUUUUCCACCAAUCACUUCAAUCGUCAACUUGCCAAGGCUUUGAGAUUAUCUCUGUCGAUUGAGUUUUGAGAAUUAAUUAGAAUCUACGAUUGACUUUACAAGGUCAAAAGCUAUACGAAAUAGAUAGUAUUAAACUCGUAUUCACCACUUAUAGUUAUAAACAACCUUAUAUCGAAA